CUUUUCCUCCUCUAUCAUCAUUCUCUCUCCCUCUCCCUCCUUUUCCUUGAAUCAAAACAAAAAUGAUGGAUUCACUCUCUGCAAUUUCGUCUUCUCUUUCCCCUUACUAUCAUCUCAUCUUCACCUCCUUGGCCUUCUUACUUUCCGGCUUCAUCUUCUUGCUUUCCAGAAAAUCAAAGUCCAAGAAUAAGCCCAACUUGCCUCCCGGACCGCCGGGCUGGCCGGUGGUCGGAAACCUAUUCCAAGUGGCUCGAUCUGGGAAGACGUUUUUGCAGUACGUGAGAGAUCUGAAGCCCAAAUAUGGCCCAAUUUUCACUCUCAGAAUGGGGACAAGGACGAUGGUUAUAAUCACCAGCGCGGAUUUAGCCCACGAGGCUCUCAUCGUGAAAGGCCAGAUUUUCGCAAGCCGGCCGAGAGAAAACCCGACCCGAUCCAUUUUCAGUAGCAACAAAUUCUCCGUAAACGCCGCUGUUUACGGCCCGGUGUGGCGGUCCCUGAGGAAGAACAUGGUUCAGAACAUGCUUAGCUCGGCCAGGUUGAAGGAGUUCCAGAGCGCUAGAAGCGCCGCCAUGGACAGACUGAUUGAGAGGAUUGGGAGCGAGGCCAAGGCGAAUGACGGCGCGGUUUGGGUGCUGAGAAACGCCCGGUUCGCGGUUUUCUGCAUUCUGCUCGCCAUGUGUUUCGGCGUCGAGAUGGACGAGGAAACCAUAGAUUCCGUCGAUCAAAUGAUGAAAUCCGUCUUGAUUGUUCUCGAUCCUAGGGUUGAUGAUUUUCUCCCAAUUCUCAGCCCGUUUUUUUCGAAACAGAGAAAAAAGGUUUUGGAGGUGAGGAAACAACAAAUCGAAACGAUUGUGCCGUUGAUCGAGAAACGCCGCCGGGCAUUGGAAAACCCCGGCGCCGACAAAUCGGCGGCGACGUUUUCUUACUUGGACACUCUUUUUGACCUCACCGUCGACGGCAGAAAAUCUUCGCCGACGAACGCGGAGCUCGUGACGCUCGUAUCCGAGUUCCUUAACGGCGGCACCGACACGACGGCGACGGCCGUGGAGUGGGCCAUAGCGAGGUUAAUAGAGAAUCCUGAGAUUCAGUCGAAACUGUACGAGGAAAUCAAAAGCGUGGUCGGAGACCGGAAAGUCGACGAGAAGGACAUCGAGAAAAUGCCCUACUUAAACGCCGUCGUAAAGGAGCUUUUACGGAAACACCCUCCCACGUUCUUCGCGCUGACGCAUGCAGUGACGCAGCCGACAAAGCUAGGCGGCUACGACAUCCCCAUGGAUUGCGGCGUCGAGUUUUUCCUGCCGGCGAUUUCGGAUGACCCGAAAUUAUGGUCCGACCCGGAGAAGUUCGACCCGGAUAGAUUCCUCUCCGGCGGCGAGGACGCCGAUAUCACCGGCGUCACCGCCGUGAAGAUGAUGCCGUUCGGCGUGGGGCGGAGGAUUUGCCCGGGGCUGGGGAUGGCGACGGUGCACGUGAACUUGAUGCUGGCCCGGAUGGUUCAGGAAUUCGGGUGGUCCGUUUACCCGGAAAACACCAAAGUGGAUCUUAGUGACAAGUUUGAGUUCACUGUGGUGAUGAAGAAUCCUCUCAGGGCCAAGGCCACUCCUAGGGGGUGUAAGUAAUGGUGAUUAGGGUGAUACAUUAUAUUAAUUAAUCAUAAUUAAGGAACAUAAUUUCUUACGUCUUUCAUUGUUUUCGAUCUUGUUGCUCCUUUGUUAUAUUUCCUAUGAUGAAUGGUGAUGAUGAUUUAUGGAUUGAUCUGGUGAAGUUCAUGCAUGUCCAUUGCUAUUUAGGGGAGUCAAUUGUUUUCA